AUGCAGAAUGUCGGACAGUCUGAAAACCGAAAUAUCGAUAAGGUGAAUGUGCAACUUGAUGUGGUAAAAUCGUCCACUCCUCAGAGUUCGGCUUCGAGUCCGGCCAAAUCUGAAACCGAAACGUAUUCAGGAGCACCUGCCAAAUACAUGACAGACUCUUCGGAAAGCGAGGAUGACUCUGUGUCUGAGAUCUUGCUGGCUUGUUUGUGCCUUAGCAGGCCAGACCUGUUGGCGGAGAUGGAAGAAGAAGGAGGUGGUACAGAGUCAUCGAAGUUCCUAUUGUCUCAUGAUGACCCCGAUCGGCCCGUUGACCCCGAGAUGCAGGCGCGUCUAGAAACCCUUCUUGAAGUAGCUGGCAUCAGCAAACUGUCGGGCGAAGGUAAACACCUCGCGGACCCGGAGGUGCUCCGGCGGCUAACGUCCUCAGUGUCGUGCGCGCUCGACGAGGCGGCCGCCGCCCUCACGCGCAUGCGCAGCGACCAUCCACCGGCGCACCACCGACACCACCACCAAGACAAGCCGUUUAGCACGCAAUGCGGGUCGACCGCAACGGGUACGACCCCGACCGUAGCGUCGUCCGUGGGUGCGGACGGGGCGCCGUCGCUGGCGGAGGCGUGUUCCGACGGCGACGUGGGCACUGUUCGCAAGCUGCUCACGGAGGGUCGCUCGGUCCACGAGACGACAGAGGAGGGCGAGUCAUUGCUUUCGCUCGCUUGCUCCGCUGGCUACUACGAGCUCGCGCAGGUGUUGCUAGCGAUGCACGCGAGCGUCGAGGACCGCGGCAUUAAGGGCGAUUGUACGCCACUGAUGGAGGCGGCGAGCGCGGGCCACGUGGACAUAGUUCGGUUGCUGGUCGCGCACGGCGCGGACGUGAACGCGGUGUCGGGCUCGGGCAACACACCGCUCAUGUACGCCUGCGCCGGCGGCCACGAGGACUGCGUGCGCGCGUUGCUCGAAAACGGCGCCAACGUCGAGGACCACAACGAGAACGGCCACACGCCGCUCAUGGAGGCGGCGUCCGCCGGGCACGUAGGCGUCGCGAAGAUUCUUCUCGAACACGGCGCGGGUAUAAACACGCACUCGAACGAGUUCAAGGAGUCUGCGCUGACGCUGGCAUGCUACAAGGGCCACCUCGACAUGGUGCGCUUCCUGUUGGCGGCGGGCGCCGAUCGCGAGCACAAGACGGACGAAAUGCACACCGCGCUCAUGGAGGCCAGCAUGGACGGCCACGUCGAGGUGGCGCGCCUUUUGCUCGACUCGGGCGCGCAGGUGAACAUGCCAACCGACAGCUUCGAAUCACCACUCACGCUAGCGGCGUGCGGGGGCCACGUCGAGCUGGCCAUGCUCUUGCUUGAGCGCGGCGCCAACAUCGAGGAGGUCAACGAUGAGGGCUACACGCCGCUCAUGGAGGCUGCCAGGGAAGGUCACGAGGAAAUGGUAGCACUCCUGCUAGGUCAGGGUGCGUCCAUCAACGCGCAGACAGACGAAACACAAGAGACUGCUCUUACGCUCGCCUGCUGCGGAGGUUUCCUGGAAGUCGCAGAUUUCCUAAUCAAAGCCGGCGCAGACGCGGAGCUCGGAGCUUCAACGCCUCUUAUGGAAGCGUCGCAAGAAGGACAUCUCGAGCUUGUUCGCUACCUGCUGCAGGCGGGCGCCGACGUGCACGCGCAGACGCAGACGGGCGACACGGCGCUGACGUACGCGUGCGAGAACGGGCACACGGACGUGGCCGACGUGCUGCUGCGCGCCGGCGCCGCGCUGGAGCACGAGAGCGAGGGCGGCCGCACGCCGCUCAUGAAGGCGUGCCGCGCCGGCCACCUCUGCACCGUGCAGUUCCUCGUUGGCAAGGGUGCCAAUGUGAACCGCAUGACAGCUAUGGGCGACCACACUCCGCUGUCGCUGGCCUGUGCAGGCGGGCACGCAGACGUAGUCAAGUUCCUCCUAGCCUGCGAUGCAGACCCCUUCCGCAAGCUCAAAGACAACUCGAGCACGCUCAUAGAGGCCGCGAAAGGAGGACACACUGCCGUCGUGCAGCUGCUGCUUGACUACCCGCACUCCGUCAUGUUGCCUAGAGGUAACACGGGCACGGAGGAGAGCGGAGGUCUCAGCUCGGCGCAAGCGGCCGCCCUCGGGCUGAGCCACGCCCCCGCCCCCGGGGCCCCGAGCCAGCGCGCGCUGCUGCCCGCCCACGCGGCCGCGCACCCACACGUGCACGCACACCCGCACGCGCACGCGCCGCACCCCCACGUGCACGUGCACGCGCAUGCGCAGCCGCCCCUCGCCCAGUCCCAGCCGCAACCGCAGGCGGCGCCGCAGCAGGAGAUUUCCCCCAAUUUCGCUAAAGUUUACUUGGACGGACGGAAGAAGCAAGGCGGCGGCGCGCCGGCAGCGAACCCCGCGGCGCCGGCCCCGGCAGCGGCGGGCGGCGCGCCCAAGCACAAGUGCGGCCGCAAGCAGCGCCCCGCCGCGCCGCACUCCGACCACCACCUGCCGCCGCCGCCGGACAUACUCGACGACCACAUGUGCCACAACAGCGUGGUGCAUGAGCAUAAGCUAUCCCUCCCGCCCGGCUUUACAUGGAAGGAUGUUAACAAGAAAUUUAAAAAUAAAAACAAAGUUGAAAAAAAGUCUUAUAGACCCGAGGUUCUAGCGGGUCAACCUCGUAAUGAAUCACUGCCAGAAGCAGAGAGGAACAUGCUUGAAUUAGCUGAAGCCUCUGGAGCGUCCCCCGCGCCCGCCACGCCACCCUACCCGCCGCCUCAACCGCCGCUGCCCUCACAACAGCUCACCGCCGACAUCGACCAGCAACAGUUUCAAGAACUACAGCAACAGCAAUGGCAGCAACUCGCACAGCAACAACAACAACAACAACAACAACAGCAGCAACAACAACAACAGCAGCAACAACAACAGCAGCAACUACAUCAGCAACAACAUCAACAGCAACAACAUCAGCAACAACAAUAUGUGCAGGAUAUGCAGCAGAGGCCCGAAGCAUACAUACCUCAGGGCGAGGAGGGCGGGCUGGUGGAGGCGCGCGAGCUGGGCGCCGUGCUGGCCUACCUGCAGCGGGAGGUGCCGUCGCUGGUGGCGCUGCCGCCCAACGAGUUGCGCUCGCUCGUGCUGCAGGUGAUGCAGCAGAAGUCGCACGAAAUCCUGUCCGGCAAGUGCCCGGAAGACGCGGAUGACGGCGAGGCGGACGAGCCCGAGUGCGACGAGGGCGAGGAGCGGCGCGCGCGCCGCCUGCUGGCCGCCGCCGAGGAGGCGCUGGCGGCCGACUGGCCGCGCGACCACGAGCUGCCGGGCGCCGCGGGCUGCCAGUUCCGCGCGCGGCCGCCGUCCCCGUCCGGCGCGCAGGAGGCGGAGCCGGCGCCGCCCGCGCCCGCGCCCGCGCCGCUCGACCCGCAGCCGCACUUCGCGCUGCCUCCCCCCACGCUGCCCUACGACGACUACAGAUCGUCAACGUUCGGCCCGGCGGCGGGAGGCGCGGGGCCGGGCGCGCCGCAGCCGCAGCCACAGCCGCACUCCAAGCGAGACCAGCACCACCACGCCAACAACGCUGCACUCAAGAAAAAGAGUCGGUUCAUGGGGCGCGAGGACGCGUUCGGCACGCACGCGGCGCACGCCGCCCCGCCGCAGCCCGCGCCCGCCGCCUACUCCGCCAUGGACGUGGACGGCGAGACCGACUCCAACCACGACACGGCGCUCACGCUGGCCUGCACGGGCGGCCACGAGGACCUCGUCGAGCUGCUGCUGUCGCGCGGCGCCGACAUCGAGCACCGCGACAAGAAGGGCUUCACUCCUUUGAUCCUGGCCGCAACGGCCGGACACGAGAAGAUCGUGGAGAUACUGCUGAACCACGGCGCGGACAUUGAGGCGCAGUCGGAGCGUACGAAAGAUACGCCGCUGUCGCUGGCUUGCAGUGGCGGCCGCUACGAGGUGGUAGAGCUCAUCCUCAGCCGCGGCGCCAACAAGGAGCACCGCAACGUGUCCGACUACACGCCGCUGUCGCUCGCCGCGUCCGGCGGCUACGUCAACAUCAUCCGCUUGCUGCUGCACCACCAGGCGGAGAUAAAUUCGCGCACCGGUUCCAAACUAGGCAUCUCGCCGUUGAUGUUAGCGGCUAUGAACGGGCACACGGCAGCCGUACGCCUACUGCUGGACUGCGGCUCGGACAUCAACGCACAGAUCGAAACCAAUCGUAACACUGCGUUAACGCUCGCUUGCUUUCAAGGACGACACGAGGUGGUGAGCCUGCUGCUCGACCGCAAAGCGAACGUCGAGCACCGCGCUAAGACUGGCCUGACGCCGCUCAUGGAGGCGGCGAGCGGCGGCUACGUGGAGGUGGGCCGCGUGCUGCUGGACAAGGGCGCCGACGUCAACGCGCCGCCCGUGCCCUCGUCCCGCGACACCGCGCUCACCAUCGCCGCCGACAAGGGCCACACCAAGUUCGUCGAGCUGCUGCUGCAGAGGCGAGCGGCGGUAGAAGUAAAGAAUAAAAAAGGAAACUCUCCUCUAUGGCUAGCGGCAAAUGGCGGACACCUCACUGUCGUUGAAAUGCUCUACGCUGCUGGAGCGGAUAUCGACUCACAGGACAAUAGAAAGGUAUCUUGCCUAAUGGCUGCUUUCCGCAAGGGCCAUACAAAAGUAGUAAAAUGGAUGGUCGGUGUCGUAACACAGUUUCCCUCUGACCAAGAAAUGACUAGGUACAUCUGCACGAUCUCGGACAAGGAGCUGCUGGAGAAGUGCCAGGAGUGCGUGCGCGUGAUCCGCGCCGCCAAGGAGACGCAGGCGGCGCGCGCCAACCAGAACGCGACCAUCCUGCUGGAGGAGCUGGACGCCGAGCGCUGCCGCGAGGAGUCGCGCCGCCUGGCCGCCGCGCGCCGCCGCGAGCGCAAGAAGAAGAAGAAGCUGGAGAAGAAGGAGGAGAGGCGUAAACUCCAAGCAGAAAACGAAAAAAACUCUCUGUAUUGCGAGAAAGCGCUAGGCGAGUGUUCGGAAGGCGGCGAGGGAGACGACGAGCCCGCCGCGCGAGAGGAAGGUGACUCCGGUAUCGAUGCCAACUCGCAGGGCUCGUGUUCGUCGUCGGACGUGAAGGCUCCUCCAGCGCCUAGUGCCAAGUGCAAGAAGAAGAAAAAAGACGACAAGGCGCCCGCCGCGCCGCAGCCCCCGCCCAAGAAGCAGCCCGACAAAGUAAAACCUAAAAUAGAAACGAAACCCGAGAAAGAGACGACGCCCAGCAAACCUGACAAGAAGCAGGAGAAGGAGAACGUGGCGCCGAGCUCGCCGCCCGCCACGCCCGCCAAGCCCGCCGCGCCCGAGCGCCGCGACAAGAGGGACAAAAAACCAGAGGAGGAUACAAAGAGUAUCACAGUACAGAAUGCUAAAUACGGGAAUAGUUCUCGUAAGAGUCAAGUGUUUGAGUCCAGUAGGCACAAUGUGGACAAAGACGAUGACGCUACUGACAAAAAUAAAAAGAUACACGCUAGCCAUCAGUGGGAGGGCGACAAGAGCACGUCUCCGAAGGGCAGCGGCGUGCGGCGCGAGGACGGCUGGAAGGAGGUCGUGCGCAAGUCCAGCGUGCAGGCGCUGUCCACGCUCGAGCCGGGAUGUAAGAAAGUGUCGGUAGCGGCGCACGCCAUAUCUCGCGUGAUCGGUCGCGCGGGUUCCAACAUCAACGCCAUCCGAUCGGCCACAGGCGCGCACAUCGAGGUCGACAAGCAAGUCAAGGGCCAGGGCGAGCGCAUCAUCACCAUCAAAGGGUCGUCCGAGGCGACGAAGCAAGCUGCGCAGCUGAUCGCGGCUAUGAUACGAGACCCGGAAGCGGACAUCGCGCAGCUGUUGCCGCGCGCCAAGCUGCCGGCCGCGCCUCCCGCGCCCGCGCAUGCGCACACGCACGCGCACGCGCACCCGACGAAGCCCGCCACUCACAAGCAGCCAGCGGCUAAGGCCGGCGCGGCCGCCAGCGCGCCCGCCGCCAGCCGCGCCACGCCGCCCGGCCGCGCCGCCAAGCCGCGCCCGCCCGCGCCGCGCCUGCACGCCGCGCCGAUAACUCUACCCGAGAAGCGCGUGUCGAGUGCCCCCAGUACCGCUACCAGCACAGUGAGCACCAGCACAGUGAAGGCCGGCACGCUGUCGUACACCGGAGCCAUCGUAGGCGCUAGGAGCCACACCUUCGCUGCUAAGGUUACUGCCACACCACCCAUCGACACCAAGCCUAGACCUGUGCCACAGGUGAGUCUAUCAGUUAGCCACCAACUGAGCUCGCUCCUCGUCCAGGUGGCGGGCAGCCCGGCGGGCGCGGCGAGCGCGUCCCCGCUGAAGGCCCGCGAGUCGCCGCCCGCCAAGCUCGACGACGAGCCGCGCCUCAGGCUGCACGCGGACGCGUUGCAGCUGAGCCCUGACAAUUCAAGUACGUGGAGUAAUGAAGACAUCCCAGUGAAUUCCUCCUCAGCUCUUCACAUCAAUACUACACCGCAGCCGGCAGCGAGCGUGUCGUGCGCGGGCAGCGGCGGCGCGCAGGAGUACUCGUUGUUCAAGGAGCCCGCGGGCGGCGCGGCCGCCGUGUGGGGCGCCGCGGACCACGGCGUCGACCCGCCGCCGCCGCAGGUGGACGCCAGCAAGGCCCCGGGCUACCGCGGCGGGGGCGGCUGCUCGCCGUGCUCGCGCACGUCGUCGCACGGCUCCACGCCGCCGCCGCCGCCGCCGCCGCCCUACCACCACCCGCUGCCCAUCGGUAAUACCGUGAAUGCAAUGGAUAUGAGUGGCUUGAGCAGGAAUGGACCUAUUUAUCAAGAGAAUCCCCGCAAUGGACACAACAUGAUGGUUGGCAUGUCGAGUGGCGUGUCGGGCGUGUCGGGCGUGUCGCUGGGCAUGGGCUACGUGGGCGUGGAGAGCGUGUCGCGGCUCAACCCGCGCGCGCCCGACUUCGCGCAGCGGCACCCGCUGCUGCAGCAACAGCAACACAAGCACGCCGCGCAGCAGCUGUUCCCCGGCGGCAGCGGCGGCAACCUGAGCUCCAUGCUGGCCAUGUACCCGCAGAGCGCGCCCAAGAUGUCGCACGCUCCGCACGCGCACCACCCCUACCAGUCUCUAAUCGACCGCGGCGUGGGCGUGGGCGCGGGCGUGGGUGUGGGCGUGGGCGGAGGCGCGUGGGGCGAGGAGGAGGAGCGCAAGCCGCGGCCCAUCGGCACCGAGCGCGCCUGGAAGCUCACCGCGCCCGACGACUGGCACGCCGCGCACCACCUGCACCGCACCGACCACGACAGAUAUCAGCAAAACAUGAACAUGGGAGGCGUGGGAGUAGGAGUGGGAGUGGGCGUGGGCGUGGGCGAGGCGUACGGCACCGCCGGAGGAGCCACGGCAGCCGCGCUGUCCAUGAUCCACACGCUGCCGCUGCAGUACCUGCCGCCCGACCACCACCACUGGGACCAGCCGCAGCACAACGCCAACGACAAACAGCAGGCCUGGAGCAAGUGGAGCCACUAGAGUGCCAGAGCCGCCUGCGGACCUAUCCCACGAGGAUUAUAUAUAAUUGUAACCCUUGGAAACGGUGUAGAUAUUAGUGAGAAAGAAUUAUAUUAUACAGAUUAUCUAUAUACAUAAUAGAGAAAAUGUCCUAUCGAGAAGAGAACUUAUACUGUACGAUCGACUGAAGUGAGCAUUAAACGAUACAUGAUGAGACACGUGAGGGAGCCGGAUGUAGUUUUAUUUGUUGCUCGCCGCCGGCAGUAGAGCGCUGUAGGCCGCUUGGAAUGUAAUUCCGCUACGUGUACGGAGGCACCGGCCGUGUGCGGAAACGUCAAUAUUGACACGAGUCUACUGAUCACACGUCUGCGCCAAUAUCUUGGAAGACCAACAGCGUGUGCUUAGAUUGCCAUCUCGAACUAAUGUAUUUAAUAAAAUGAACCUUGUGCGUUUUCGAGAUAUUAGAGAUUCGCGUGAUUGGGUCAUGUUAGAUCCAUAUUAAUGUUUUUGUAGACUGAGCCUCUGUUGCGCCUCCAAUAUUUUACACUAUAUUAUGGCAUACGAUAUUCGUUUCGUUAAAUGGUACGCUCGCAAACCGUGACGGAUUAUUAACGUGUAAUAAUAAAUUUGCUUGUACAUGAAAAUUAAAUAUCAUAUAUUGAUGCACUGUAACCACUGGUGUUUUUAAUAAUACCACCUGUUUUUUCAAUGAUUCUUUUUUUAUUAGGUUUAUUUGGGUAAUUUGUAUUAUAUUAUAAGUAAAUUAUUACCGAGAACUUACUAUGUCUCGAAUAUGAUUAAAGCAAGAUAAGCGGUAAGUUCUAGGCAAAUAAACCGUUAUUAAAACAU